AUGCCUUGCUAUUUCCGUUUUCAACGUGACCCUGAAGGGAAAGGGGGAGGCUUUGGGGGCAAAUACGGUCCCUGGCUUCCAUGAUUGAUGUUUUGCUUCUCUCCUGACCAGGGAAAUGAGGAGUCUAUGGAGCCACUUCUUGGGUGCAGUAAGGACGCCAAUGAUACAGGAAGAAGACAUCUUCUCAAGGAGAUGAUCUUGUUGAAUUCUUGACCCCCAUUUCCAGACAAGAAAUUAGAAAAGGAAGAGUCAAGUAUCUGUAUUGCCAUCAAACACCCAUGCCACUGUUGACAGGAAGGAGAAAGCAUCGUAAUCGCUGGAGUGUAGGAAGUGUUUGACUCGGAGGUGUCGUCUGCAGCAACAUGAAAUGAAUCGUACUGGGGAGAAACCCUUUACAUGCCAGGAGUGCGGAAUGAGCUUCACUCAGAGUUCAGCUCUACGUUCACAUCAAAGGACUCACGCUGGGGAGAAACCCUUUAAAUGCCCCGAGUGUGGACAGAGAUUCACUCAAAGGGGAAAUCUACAAACACAUCAAAGGACUCACACUGGGGAGAAACCCUUUACAUGCCUGGAAUGUGGACAGAGCUUCUCUCAAAGGGGAAAUCUACAAACACAUCAAAGGACUCACACUGGGGAGAAAGCCUAUACAUGCCAGGAGUGUGGACAGAGCUUCACUAGGAGUUCAGUUCUACGGUCACAUCAAAAGACUCACACUGGGGAGAAACCCUUUACAUGCCCAGAGUGUGGACAGAGCUUCACACAAAGGGGAAAUCUACAAACACAUCAAAAGACUCACACUGGGGAGAAACCCUAUACAUGCCUGGAGUGUGGACAGAGCUUCACUCAGAGUUCAUCUCUACGUUCACAUCAAAGGAUUCACACUGGGGAGAAACCCUAUAAAUGCCUUGAGUGUGGACAGAGAUUCACUCAUAGUUCAGGUUUACGUUCUCAUCAAAGGACUCACACUGGGGAGAAACCCUUUACAUGCCCAGAGUGUGGACAGAGCUUCACUCAGAGUUCAAAUCUACGUUCACAUCAAAGGAUUCACACUGGGGAGAAACCCUAUAAUUGCCUGCAGUGUGGAGAGGGCUUCACUCGGAGUUCAAAUCUACGUUCACAUGAAAGGACUCACUCUGGGGAGAAAGCCUAUAAAUGCCUCGAGUGUGGACAGAGCUUCACUCAUAGUUCAGGUUUACGUUCUCAUCAAAAGACUCACAUUGGCGAGAAACCCUAUACGUGCCAAGAAUGUGGAAAGAGUUUCACUACGAGUGCAAAUCUACGUAAUCAUCAAAGGACUCACACUGGCGAGAAACCCUAUACGUGCCAAGAAUGUGGAAAGAGUUUCACUAAGAGUGCAAAUCGACAUAAUCAUCAAAGGACUCACACUGGCGAGAAACCCUAUACGUGCCUAGAAUGUGGAAAGAGUUUCACUGAGAGUAAAAGUCUACGUUCGCAUCAAAGGACUCACACUGGGGAGAAGCCCUAUACAUGCCUGGAGUGUGGACAGAGCUUCACUCAGAGUUCAUCUCUACGUUCACAUCAAAGGACUCACACUGGGGAGAAACCAUUUACAUGCCUGGAUUGUGGACAGACCUUCACUCAGAGUUCAGCUCUACGUUCACAUCAAAGGACUCACACUGGGGAGAAACCCUUUACAUGCCCAGAGUGUGGACAUAGCUUCACUUGCAGUGGAGAUCUACGCUCACAUCAAAGGAUUCACACAGGAGAGAAACCCCAUAAAUGCCUGGAGUGCGGAAGGAGCUUCACUCAUAGUGGAAGUCUACGUAAACAUCAAAGGAUUCACACUGGGGAGAAACCCUUUACAUGCCUGGAGUGUGGACAGAGCUUCACUUGGAUGAGCGGUCUACAUUCACAUGAAAGGACUCACACAGGAGAGAAACCCUAUAAAUGCCUGGAGUGUGGAAAGAGCUUCACUGUACUAUCAACUCUACGUAAACAUCAAAGGACUCACACUGGGGAGAAGCCCUAUACAUGCCUCAAGUGUGAACAGAGUUUCACUCAGAGUUCACAAUUACGUAGACAUCAAAAGACUCAUACUGGGGAGAAACCCUAUACAUGUUUGGAGUGCGGAAUGAACUUCACUGAUACUUCAGGUCUACGUUCACAUCAAAGAAUUCACACUGGGGAGAAACCCUAUACAUGCCUGGAGUGUGGAAAGAGCUUCACUGUACUAUCAACUCUACGUAAACAUCAAAGGACUCACACUGGGGAGAAGCCCUAUACAUGCCUGGAGUGCGGAAAGAGCUACACUACGAGUUCACAUCUACGUAGACAUCAAAGGACUCACACUGGAGAAAACAAUGGUCUUUGACCCCAGACAGAGCUUUGCAAACUUUGCAUGUUGGUGACACACUUAGAUAUGCAUACUUUUGUGACACAUUAAUCCAGUUUAACUGGCAAACCAGAGGUUAAACCACACACACAUAAAUUUACAAUAAAAUAUAUAAUGUAAUAGUAUAUAGAUAUAGAUAUUAUUCAGCCACAAAAUUACAUUACCUCCCACAUACAUACAUAUAAUGACUGUUGUAUAGAUAUAAUAAUAAUAGUAAUAAUAAUAAUAGUAAUAAUAAUAAUAAUUUGUUUUGUACCCUACCACCAUCUCCUUGAAGGGACUCGGGGAGGUUAACCAAGUACUCAAGGUGCCACACAUAAAAUAGAAUCCCUAUCUAGCCCUCUCAUCGGUGUCUUGGCCCAUUCUGUAAUUCUGGCCAUUGGUAGUUCAUCUUUUGCCCAAUGGAAUAGUAUUGGAACUGACUUUAAAUAUAGAUUACUGUUUUAGUAGUAUUGUGUUUAUGUUUUAUAGUGGUUCUGUGUGAUUUUGUGUUGGCAAUCGAAUGUUUUGCCUGUUGGAAACCGCCCUGAGUCCCCUCAGGAAGAUAGAGCGGUAUACAAAUAAAGUUGUUGUUAUAUCAUCAAAACAAUACACAGUUUGACUGAAUACAAACAAUGGACAAUGUCAAUCGAUAAAAUUUAAAAUUUUAAGAAUUCUAAAACAUAGUUCUUUCUACCUGUGGGCAAUUGGGCUUCUUCAAACAUGAAUUCAAGUGCCGAAUAACAAUGGUUGAUGUAAUGAUAUGACCAUAGUACAUUACUCUAGGGCAAAGGCCUGUGGAAAUACCUAUGCUAACGGAAGAUUUGGAGAUUUGGGGCUAAUCUAAUUGUCAGGUUUUACAAUGUAUUGUAAUGUAAUAUAGCUGAGUCAUGCACUGCUCAUAGGCUUCUAUUGGAAAUGCUGAGUCAUGCAUGAACUGUAUAUUGUGAUUGUGAAUGAUGCAGUCCUGGGUUUGAGUUAGGUUAAUGAGUUGGGAACCAAUCAGAGAUUGCUAUGUGUAAUUGUAUAGAAUUGUAUAUAAGGAAGUCGUGUACAGUGUAUAUCUCUCCUUGUGUUGUGAUGUUGUUUUGUCGAAGGCUAUAUGUAAUUAAAGAACCUGUCUACUAGGAC